GGCAAGUUUUCCUCGUACUCAAUUUGGGAGGGAUGCAAGAUCAUUUUCUAGAUCAUGGUAUAACAAAUAUACAUGGAUUGAAUAUAGCGAAUCGAAGGAUGCAGCUUAUUGUUUUUACUGCUUUCUCUUUAAGCAACCCGGGAGGGCCGAGCACUUUGGUUAUGAAGUCUUCAACAAAGACGGAUUUAAAGAUUGGAAGCAUGCAUCUCAAGGAUUGAAAGAUCAUAUUGGUGGUCAUAAUAGUAUGCACAACAAAUGUAUCAAGCAUUAUGAUGAUUAUAAGAAUCAAAGACAAAGUGUGACAAGUAAGAUUGCUAGAGCAACUAGGGAAUCGGAAGAGUUGUAUAAAAUCCGCUUGACUUGUUCUCUUGAUUGUACUAAAUUUCUCGUAUCACAAGGCAUUUCUUUCCGUGGCCAUGAUGAAACGUCUAAUUCUCUAAACAAGGGAAAUUUUAGAGAGUUGAUAGAUUGGGAAAAAUCAAAGAAUGAACAAGUGAGAGAUGCUUUUGACCGUGGGGGAAAAAAUUGCAAAAUGACUUGCGGUGACAUUCAAAAGGAUCUUGCAAUGUCUUGUGCACAUGAAGUUAUGAAGGUGAUUACGGAAGAGCUUGGUGAUAAACAAUUCUCUGUGCUUAUUGAUGAGUCACGUGAUAUAUCCGUCAAAGAGCAAAUGGCGGUGAUGUUGAGGUCAGUAGUUGUAUUUUCCAAUUUCUACAUUGUUUGGUUUUUUUGGUUCUUGAACGACAAAGGGGAAGUUGUGGAACGAUAUUUUGCACUAUAUCAUGUCAAAGAUACUACUUCUGAGGCACUAAAGAAUGCUCUUUAUGAUAUUCUUGAUCGUUACACGUUAUCUAUUUCAAGGAUACGAGGGCAAGGAUAUGACGGGGCUUCAAAUAUGAGAGGUGAAUUUAAUGGUUUGCAAAGAAAGAUCCUAGAUGAAAACCCUUAUGCUUUCUAUGUCCAUUGUUAUGCUCACCGCUUGCAAUUGGUGAUUGUGUCCGUUGCUAGUAGUUGCUCAUCUAUUAAUGAUUUCUUUGAGUACAUAUCCUUCAUUGUAACAACAUCAAGUGCAUCUUGUAAGAGAAUGGAUGCUUUGACGGAGGUACAACACGAAGAUAUUUUAAGUAAACUAUCGAGUGGUGAGAUAUCUACAGGAAGGGGUUUGAACCAAUCAUGUAGUCUCGCUAGACCCGGGGAUACUAGAUGGGGUUCACAUCAUAUUACCUUGCUUCGUUUGGAUCAAAUGUGGUCCUCCGUGUUAGUGGUGCUUAGUAUGGUUGAUAAAGAUGGACGUGGACCAUCUCAAGCAGCGGGUUUGAUAGAAAAAAUGGAGAGCUUUAAAUUUGUUUUCAUUUUGAAGUUAAUGUUAAAGUUGUUUGGUAUCACAAACGAGCUUUCAAAAAUCUUGCAAAGAAAAGAUCUUAAUAUUGUGCUUGCCAUGGAUUUAAUUAAUGUUGUCAAAUCUCGGUUUGCCACAUUGAGAGAUAAUGGUUGGGAUAAUUUAUUUUUGGAUGUACAAGAAUUUUGUGUUGCUAAAGGUAUUCCGGUGCCAAAUAUGGAUGAUGAAAUACCGGUUAGGGGUCGUUCAAGACUAGAAGGGAGGACUGUCACUAAUCUUCACCAUUACCGUGCAGAGAUUUUUUAUGUUGCUAUUGACAAAAUAUGUGUGGAGAUGGAUCAUCGCUUUAGUGAAGGAAGUAACAUUUCUGAUGAUGAUCGUGGAACAAUAAGGGAGCAACUUGACACUUAUGUACUUCAAGUGAAAAGGCAUGCUUCCUUUUCUUCUUGUGAAGAUGUUCAAAGUUUGGCUAUGAAGAUGGUUCAAACUGAGAAACAUUUGGUAUUUCCAUUGGUCUACAAACUCAUUGAGUUGGCUUUGAUAUUGCCGGUGUCGACUGCAUCCGUUGAAAGAGCUUUUUCAGCAAUGAAGAUUAUCAAGACUAAAUUGCGCAACAAGAUUAACAAUGAGUGGUUAAAUGAUUUGAUGAUAUGUUACACCGAGCGGGAGAUAUUCAAAUCACUUGAUGACAUUGAUAUUAUUCGAACAUUCACCGCAAAGAAAUCUCGGAAAGGGCAUUUACCUCCUGAUUUUAUCUAG